GCUGGUCGUUCCCUUCCGACCUUCUCCUGAUUUUCUACCCCGCAUCUUUUUUUACUUUUUUUUCUCUCUCCCUCGUACUAAUCCCCCCCCCGGCGGAGAUUUUCUCUCGUGCCGCAUUUCCCCCCUUCCCCGCUACAACUCAUGACACAACAAAGAAAGACCAUUGCGGUGGUGAACGCUACGGGUCGCCAGGCUGCGUCCCUGAUCCGCGUCGCUUCGGCAGUGGGCCACCAUGUGCGCGCCCAGAUUCACUCCCUGAAAGGCCUCAUUGCGGAGGAAUUGCAGGACCUGCCCAAUGUGACUCUGUUUCAGGGCCCUCUACUGGGCAACACGGCACUGAUGGACGCCCUUUUCCAAGGAGCCAAUCUUGCCUUCAUCAACACCACCUCACAAUCCGGGGACGAAGUCGCGAUCGGACGUGCCUUGGCUGAUGCUGCCAAGCGAGCCGGAACAAUUCAGCACUACAUCUACAGCAGUAUGCCCGACCACUCUGUGCAUGGACCAUGGCCACCGGUGCCCCUAUGGGCGCCCAAGUUCACCGUGGAGAAUUACGUUCGGCAGCUUGGCCUGCCCUCGACCUUUGUCUACGCGGGGAUCUACAACAACAACUUCACGAGUUUACCAUACCCUCUGUUCCAGAUGGAGCUGAUGCAGGAUGGAAGUUUUGAGUGGCACGCUCCAUUCGACCCGGAUAUUCCGCUACCCUGGCUGGAUGCCGAGCACGACGUGGGACCAGCGCUGCUGCAGAUCUUCAAGGACGGUCCCAAGAGGUGGAAUGGUCACCGGAUCGCGCUCACGUUCGAAACCCUCUCUCCCAACCAGGUCUGUGCGGCGUUUUCGCGCGCACUCGGUCGCCCAUGCCGCUACCUCCGCGUCCCUAAGGUCGAAGUGAAAGUCAACAUUCCGCCCGGCUACCGAGAACAACUGGAGGCACUGGAGGUGGUGUUUGGGCAGUGCGACGCGCCUUACUUUCCGCAGCCCGAAUUCUCCCGCCCUGCGGCCGGGUCACCGAAGGGCCUGGGUCCGGCCAAUGGCAAGGGCGCGGGCGCGGGAAUGAUGCAGGGUCCCGGAGGAGUCAUAUCGCUUCGUGUCACGGACGAGGCCCGGCACUUGUGGCAGGGCUGGCGCGACAUGGAGGAAUAUGCGCGCGAGGUCUUCCCAGUGGAAGAGGAGGCCAACGGGCUGGACUGGAUGUUGUGAUGGAGCGAUCGGAGUUGCUGGGUUGCACCACUGUCGGUGAGCGACGGGGGCAGCCGCAAGGUCGCGUGAGCGAUGGCGCGAUUGGCUCGAUAGGAAGGUUACAUUGUCUGAGCGCAGACCGAAGUCGGCCGGCCGCUCUGUCCCUCACGCGGAUAUGACGCAGUGUCUGUCCUGUUUCUUUUUCUAAAAUCGUUCAUGCAUUACUGGCGAACUGGCCUGGGUCUUAUCUUUGGGAGACGGAAAAAUUAUACCAUAAUGGGAAAGACGAAGACGAAAGAAGGAGUGUUUGUCAUGAUGGCCCAUCUCAUCUCAUCUCGUCACACCGCGACAAAAGUUCUAUAUUAAUGGGUUGCUGGCUGAA